CAUAUACAUGAAGCUGUCGCGUAAGGGAACAAAUUGAAGUUUGGGUGAGACUUUGAAAACGUGCUACUUACCUUAUUUCAUAAGAUCAGUUGAAUCCUGAUCCUGCCAUUCCAAAUAGUCAAUGUUAAGCUAAUUCGAUAAGUAGCCUACACCUGUAGAAUCGUUGAGUCAUCGUAUAAACAGUAAGCGGGACCCGUAUAUUGUUGAAUUUUGACAGUUUUUCUCUCUUUUUUUUGGUGCUAAAUAUAUCGGACCCUGACUGUCACGAGCAGUACGCUUCAUUUCGCGUCAUAGAGAGGUAAUGCUGCGACUCACGCUUAUUUGCACGCAUAGCGGAUAACAGGACCAUUGGAGCGCUCAAAUAAAAAAAAUAAAACACUCUUGAAGGAAAAAAAAGGUCACUCGCGCGUCGGUGGAUGGAAUUUUACGCGCUCUAUUGGUAUUCCUCUGUCGUUGCUCUGGACUGUUUCGCGUCGAGCGUUGGUGGAUGCAGAACUGAAGUCUAAUAUUUGGUACAUGCUACAGUUACCUUACUCUGGACACAACAACCUGUGCACCCUAACGUAACCGGAUAGAUAUUUCCCGUUAAGGAUCAGAUAGCAGUCCCGGAGCGCGCGGGAAUAAAAGAAGACUAAUGGCCACGUCCGAACCGACAGCCACCGGCGGGGACCAAGACCCCAACUCAGCCAAUUUACGACCUCCAUCUACAACCUAUGACGCGUGGAUGCACGGAUGUACUCGGAAACUGGGGAUGAAGAUAUGUGGAUUCCUACAGAAGAACAACAGCCUUGAGGAAAAGGGGAGGCUUGCAGGCCAGAAGAACCUUCUUUCCUGUGACAACAGUGACCGGGAUGCGCGCUUUCGCCGCACAGAAACCGACUUUUCCAAUCUGUUCGCGAGAGAUUUACUGCCAGCCAAAAAUGGAGAGGAGCCCACCAUGCAGUUCAUGUUGGAAGUGGUCGACAUUCUCACCAACUACGUCCGGAAGACGUUUGACCGCUCCACCAAGGUCCUGGAUUUUCACCACCCGCACCAGCUCCUCGAGGGCAUGGAAGGCUUUAACCUUGAGCUCUCUGACCAGCCAGAGUCGCUCGAGCAAAUUCUCGUUGACUGCCGGGACACUCUUAAGUAUGGCGUGCGAACAGGCCACCCACGGUUCUUUAACCAGUUGUCCACAGGGCUUGACAUCAUUGGUCUGGCUGGAGAAUGGCUAACCUCUACUGCUAACACCAACAUGUUCACCUAUGAGAUUGCUCCAGUGUUUGUACUGAUGGAGCAGUUGACUCUCAAGAAGAUGAUAGAGAUGGUUGGCUGGCCCUCAGGGGAGGGGGACGGCAUAUUCUCACCAGGGGGUGCUAUCUCCAACAUGUACAGUGUGAUGAUCGCUCGCUACAAGUACUAUCCAGAGGUGAAGACUAAGGGCAUGUCUGUGGCUCCCCGCCUGGUGCUCUUCACGUCAGAACAUAGCCAUUACUCUAUCAAGAAGGCAGGAGCAGCUCUUGGCUUUGGUUCUGAGAACGUCAUCUUAUUGAGCACGGAUGAAAGGGGAAGGGUCAUCCCAGCAGAUCUAGAGGCUAAGAUCCUUGAUGCCAAGCAGAAGGGCUAUGUUCCACUGUUUGUGAACGCGACAGCCGGCUCUACUGUAUAUGGCGCGUUUGACCCCAUCAUCGAGAUUGCUGACAUCUGUCAGAAGUACAACUUGUGGCUCCAUGUUGAUGGGGCAUGGGGAGGUGGGCUGUUGAUGUCCAGGAAACAUCGGCAUAAGCUUAGCGGUGUAGAGAGGGCAAACUCUGUCACCUGGAACCCUCACAAGAUGAUGGGUGUCCCCCUACAGUGUUCAGCCAUCUUAGUCAGAGAGAAGGGCAUUCUGGAGGGCUGUAACUCCAUGUGUGCAGGCUACCUCUUCCAGCCAGACAAACAGUAUGAUGUCACCUAUGACACAGGGGACAAGGCCAUUCAAUGCGGCCGCCACGUCGACAUCUUCAAGUUCUGGCUCAUGUGGAAGGCCAAGGGCACAAUAGGGUUUGAGCAGCACAUUGACAGGUGCUUGGAGCUGUCUGAGUACCUUUACAACAAGAUCAAGAACAGGGAGGGAUACGAGAUGGUGUUUGAAGGAGUGCCCCAGCACACAAAUGUGUGCUUCUGGUACAUUCCACCCAGCCUGCGAGGCAUGCCCCCCAGUGAGGAGCGACGAGAGAAACUCCACAGGGUGGCGCCCAAGAUCAAGUCGAUGAUGAUGGAGUCUGGGACAACCAUGGUGGGCUACCAGCCUCAGGGAAAGAAGGUCAACUUCUUCCGUAUGGUCGUCUCCAACCCUGCCGCCACCCAAUCAGACAUCGACUUCCUUAUCGACGAGAUUGAGAGGCUAGGGAACGACUUGUAGACAGAAGCCAAAUCACUGCAGCCCUAGUGGCUGAAGGUCAUUCCCUGGCUAUUUCCAAGGCCUUCUCCAGAGGUGUCAAAUGUUCACUGUGCUACAAACUGAACCGUGCAUACCUGAUAAAACUAAUAAUAGAUUAGCACAUUCUAAGCC